AUGUUCCCUAGUGGACAUCAAUGGUUCCUUGAGAGGUAUCCAUCUGAUCACAGGCCUGUUUUGGUCAAGUUCAUGGGUGAGAGUGAACCCUUAUGUGGUCAGUUCAGGAUCACAAAGCUACGAGAAGAACUGGAAGAGGAAGAAGAGGAGCGAUAUCCAUGGUUUACGAGAAUUGCUGAGAUCAAAAUCGAGCUAGCUAUAGCUUAUUGUGACGAGGAAAUCUUCUGGAGACAGAAAUCUCGAGAGAAGUGGUUGAGGGAAGGAGAUAGGAAUACAAAGUUCUUUCAAGCUUCUGUGAAAUCUACGAGAGCUAAAAACUCGUUGCAGUUUUUACUUGAUGAGCACGAAAGAGAACAGUUUUCUAAUCGGGAUAAGAGUGAAGUGGCAGUGCGGUAUUUCUCCGAUUUGUUUAAGACUUCCUCCCCGACGUCUUUCACCGAGAUCUUCUCAGAUUUUCUCCCUCGAGUGACAGACGCAAUGAAUGAUGGGCUUACAUGUGAUGUUACUUUGGAAGAAGUCCGAUUAGCUUUUUUUUCUAUCGAGAGUGAGAAAACACCAGGCCAUGAUGGAAUGACUGGUUUCUUCUAUAAAAAGUACUGGGAGAUUGUGAAGCAUCAGUUGUUUGUGGAUGUGUAG